AGCGUGCUUUACAAGGAAAUAUUUUAAAAGUUUUCUAAGGGAAAAGGUCUGGAAAAAAAGCAAUUUUUUUACAAGAAAAAACAGAUUGGCAGAAAAUUAACCUGCCAGGUGGAUUUAUGAAAUGCCAAAAAUUAAGUUCACUUUGAAUUUCUUCAGCAUUUUUUUUGACAUGGCUUGAAAUAAUAAUGCCUAGAGGACAGAUGCUGCUUCCAGCAAAAAAAAAAAAAAAAAAACAACUUAGAGGCAAUGACUCUGACAAGUUUUGACUUAUGAAAGAGAGAGGGCAAGAGAGAGACAGAGAGAGGAGAGAGAGAUUAGGAGGGGAGUCAAAAGGCUUCUACUGAUUUAGUUCUUAGAUCUUCAUUUGCACAGCCUUGGCUGCAACAGAGACGCUACUGAGUAGCAGCAAAGAGGGAGAUGCUUGUAAGGCAAAGGGAAGAGUAACCAGGUGGAUUUCGCCAAACUGCUGAAUUCCAAUUGUCAACAGAAAACAAUGGCAAGUUGGAGAGGAGUUAAAUCUUUGAAUAAAUCUGCCCUCCCUGGGGUGGCCAUUACACAGUUUGUAGAAGAUAUUCCUAAAGGAUACAGCACUCCUGACUUUGAGCGCAAACCAAUUACUGUAACAUUACAGGAAGGUAAAAAUGCCAUUUUCAGAGCUGUGGUCAAAGGUGAACCAAAACCAAAGGUUUUAUGGAAGUGCAAUAAUAGGGAAAUGGAUGAUUCCCAGAAAUAUCAAACAUCUUUUAAUCCUGGCACAAAUGAAUUUAUCUUGCAGAUAAACAAAAUUACUUCAGAUGAUGCUGAUUUGUACCGUUGUAUUGCUGUGAAUGAGUAUGGGGAAGCGACCUGUACUGCUGGUCUCAAAAUUAUAGAGGGUAAUUAAAUCAUGUUAGCAUGCUGCAAUCUGUCUGAGCAAUCUAUCUGUGACAUGGGGCUGAAAUCAA